ACCAUGGACGUAUCACGUGCCCGUGCUGCUGCCGCUUUCAUCGUGAUACAUCACAUUAUUAAAAAAAAGCCUAAACGAAAACCACGUUGGUGGAUGAAGAAAUUGUAUUUAAAUCGAAUGCAGUAUGGGGUGAAACUUAUGGAAGACAUGAGACAUGAAGCCAUUGAAGAUACAAUAAAAAAUUUUACAAGAUUGACAACUAUAGAGUUUGAGCACCUGAAAUCAUUAAUUGAGGCACAGGUGAAGAAAAUGGACACACAAUUCCGAGAGGCAAUUUCAGUAACAGAAAGAUUGGCUAUAACUUUAAGAUUUUUAGCAACUGGUGACUCGUAUACAAGCUUGCAAUAUCUUUUUCGAGUAUCAAAACAAUCGAUUUCACGAAUAGUUCCAGAAGUUUGUGACGCUCUAUGUAAAGCUCUGAAAGAUUGGGUGAAGGCACCCGACUCAGAAGAAGAAUGGUUAGAGUUAGCAUACGAAUUUGAAACAAAAUGGAAUUUUCCUCAUGCAAUAGGCGCGUUAGAUGGCAAGCAUGUAACGUUACAAGCUCCUAUUAACAGCGGUACUGAAUUUUAUAAUUAUAAACAUUUUUUUAGUAUAGUACUAAUGGCUUUAGUAGACGCAGACUAUUGCUUUAGGUACGUAGAUGUUGGUUGUCAGGGUAGAAUUUCUGAUGGGGGUGUUUUCAAGAAUACUAAUUUGUACAAGAAACUCGAAGAAAAAUCUAUGAAAGUCCCCCCACCAUCAAUACUUCAGGUCCCCUAUACUUUCAAAGUACCGUAUGUAAUUCUGGCAGACAAAGCUUUUGCACUCAAUGAUUACACAAUGAAACCAUUUCAUGGAGAGCCGGCUAGAGGUUCUCAGGAAAGAAUCUUUAAUUAUAGGCUCUCUCGAGCGCGUAGAGUCGUUGAAAACGCUUUCGGUAUUCUCAGCUCAGUAUUUAGAGUAUUACGGAAGCCUAUGUUACUAGAACCAAAAACCGCUACUAAAAUUGUCCUAGCCACUAUUCAUUUACAUAAUUAUUUGAGGAAAAAACCAAAUACACGAUCACUGUAUACACCACCUGGAUCUCUAGACAGUGAAACAGAUGGGAAACUUACACCUGGAACUUGGAGAAAUGAACCUGCACCUACAUCACUACUGCCUAUUCCUUCAAUUCCACGAAGAGCGGGAAACCAUGCACAAGAAAUACGUGCACAUUUAGCUUAUCAUUUUGUUACCAACGGUGAAAUACCGUGGCAAAACAGAUAUUAAAAAAGAUAUUACAUUAUAUCAUAUUAUUAAAUUAUUAUUUUAAUUAUAUUAUUAUAU